GACCCUGUGAUACUACACAAGAAAUUCAUAGCUGACAGCAAGAGUAGACUGGAGGCGGCCAUGAUUGGUAUAGGGGGCACUGUGAUAGCUCAGUCCAUCUCCUGGGCAACCAAAACUCUCACAGCUGCUAUUGUACCAGAAGUAGCUAAUGUGCCUUUACCCUCUCGGAACAUCAAGCUGAUGAACAUUGAGCGGUUGAUGUGGAUCGCUGAGGAGUAUGUGUUAAAUGUAGAGGAGACACAUCACACGACUCGCACCAUCCUCCCCCACGGUGCAUCCUUCCAUGGACAUCAGAUGAACCUCACUGUAAUGUCAGAAUCACCCAAACAAGAAUUCUUACUUGUGUGUCAUAGUAAUGAAACUCUUGGAUCAAUCCGGUCAAAAAUAUCCAGCAAAUUACGCCAGACCCCAGAAAACAUACAAGUGGUUGCUCAGGACAAAAUGCUUGGGAUUAACGACGACCAGAAAUUACUGAACCAGCUAGAAAUUGAAGACAAUCAGGUGAUUCAAGUAAGGCUAGCAACAUCCUCAGCUCUCCAAUCAUCACAAGUCAAGGAGAUUCAGGAAAGCCUAAGAAUAGAUGAGCCCCCAGCAACACCAACUUCAAAGCAGUCUUUUGAUCUAGAACAGGAGAAGAUGUUACCAGGAGUUGUAAUGGCUAUGGGCGGACAGGUGUUUGAAAUGCUCUACCAGCUUGCAGACUUAGACGAACCACGAAUCACGUCCCGUGUGCGUAAGCUGCUGAUGCUGAUCCCAACCGAUCCAGCAAUAUCGGAGUCCCUUGACUCCAUCAGUAACAAGGUCUCCAAACAGAUGGGGUCUGGUGAUGACAUCAGUCCACGCGCCAGUCCUCGUAAGACAACAGCCACAAUCACCCCUGUGUCAAGUCCUCGUCUACCACCAAAGGAAGUGCUCAAGGUUUUGUUUGACUCUGGAGCCCAGGACAUGUCAGCCUUCAGGGUGCUAUACAACCUGGAAGUACUGAGUUCCAAACUGAUGCCCACAACAAGUGAUAUAGGGACACGGCUCAGUGCUCAGCAAUUCUGUGAAGACUUCCUCAACUGUGAUGGUUUACAAAUGGUUGUGAAUGUCCUCCAGCCUGAGAGUCUUGCUCCAGAGCUAAAUUAUACCACACGCCAGGGCUGUUACUCUAUCUGCCUACAGCUGGCCCGAUUUCUCCUGUGUGGUCAAACAGUAACUGGUGAGGCCAUUAGUACAGAAGGGGUGGUAGCCCUUCCCUCGGAGGCUGGUGAUACACCUAAGGUCACUCUGUCGGCCACACCUCCUACAUCCCUGACCAGUCCACUGACUAUUAAUGUGGAAAGAGCAGUCACUGCUGCUGGGCAUGCAGUACAGACAAUGGGUGUGCACGUCUUUACAGAAACAGUUUCUUGUUUUAUGAGGGUGACAUGGGCUGCGGCUGCUGGUCGGCUACAUCUCCUGAGUUCUCCUCAGCCAAUCAUAGAAAGCUCCAACAUGUAUGGGUGUGGCUGUCGUAGUCGACAGAGUAGCACUGGCAGCACAGCCAGUACUAACAGUGACAGUGACUGCCAGACACUACAUGCUGGUGUGUGUAUAAGGCAAACAUUCAUCUCUUCUAAAGACUGCAAUAUAGCUAAAGAAGCAUUAGAAAUUCUCGUGGCUUGUCUUCAACUACGUAGCGAGUUACUAGCCUCAUUCUACUCGCUGCCAUGUGUGAGUGACUUCAUUAUAGACAUCUUAGUAGGCUGUUCUCAAUCUGACAUUAGGAAUGCAGCUCUCGACCAGUUUUAUCUUCUCAGUCAGACUCAAUUAUCUCUAACUGAGAGCAGCACAGUCAACUCUGUUGGACACCAAACACCACACCAGUUCAUUUUGAAAGUGCUUCUGAAGGCUUAUCUCCCCUUCUGGGUAUCUUCUGCUAGUACUAGGGGUGCUAGUCAAAGGUUAUUAAUGCAGUGUUCACAAUAUUUUGAUCUGCGAUGUAGAUUGUUGGAAAACUUGAGUGUUGAAGAUCAAAAGAAGUUAUCAUUAGAUGUGCCUACUAUGUUGGAGGAUGAGAUCAAUUGGUUAGGAAACUUUGUACCAUCUACAAACCUAGAUCUGUCCGAUACAGACAACAGUUUACUGGCAGGUCAUUUAAAACUCAUCAAGACCCUGUUUACAUGUGAUGGUGUCGACAAAGAGGAGUUUGGGAGAGGACUAGUGUAUGACCUUCUCAAUGAUUUCCUGUUUCCGGCCUCAAAAGUCAUGAUGGACAGUAUGGACGACUCCAAUCUCAAGGGUGACCUCACAGAAGCCAAUCCAAAGUGCAGUAACUCCGAAUCCCGAGUUGCCGCUUAUCAACUGCUGGUGGAGUUAGCCACAAACAGCUUGCCUAUCCUUACAGACAUUUGCAAGCAACUCAUUCAAAUGCAUCACCUACCUCAACCUGAUUGUGCCAAUGAGUGGGAGUACCUACCCCCUGUUGAUGGACGAGCCCGAUGUGGUUUUGUGGGCCUGAAGAAUGGUGGAGCAACCUGCUACAUGAAUUCUGUGAUACAACAGCUGUACAUGGCACCUGGCAUUCCAGAGAGUGUGCUGGGUGUUGAUGAUGACCAGAUAGAUGAAGAAAGUGUGUUUUAUCAGAUCCAGCAAGUGUUUGGUCACCUGAUGGAGAGUAAGCUCCAGUACCAUGAGCCAGAGAAAUUCUGGAAGGUGUUCCAGCUUUGGGGACAGUCUAUAAAUAUCCGAGAGCAACAGGAUGCAUUUGACUUUUUCCAGGCUUUGAUCGACCAGGUUGACGAACAUAUGAAGAAAAGUGGAAAGGAAGAACUUUUUAAAUCCAAAUUUGAAGGCAUUUUUUCUGACCAGAAAAUCUGUAAAGAUUGUCCACAUAGGUAUGAGAGAGAGGAGUCAUUCUUCGCAUUAAAUUUGACUGUAAAGAACGCUACAUUGCAAGAUUCCCUAGAUCAGUUUGUUCAUGGAGAGUUACUGGAAGGGGACAACGCUUACUUUUGUGAGAAGUGUGGGGAAAAGAGAAACACUAUUAAGAGGAUGUGUAUAAAGACGUUACCGCCACUGUUGUGUAUCCAACUUAAGAGAUUUGGUUAUGACUGGGAAGCCAACCGAGCUCUUAAGUUUGAUGAUUAUUUCAAGUUUCCUUGGGUGUUAGAUAUGGAACCAUAUACAACAGAGGGAAUGGCAAGACGAGAAGAAAUUACAGAAAAUGCAGAAAGCAGUUCCGAGUCAGAAUCAGGGGAGACAAUUUCAUCUUUAGACGAUCGAAUGUCAGAAGUAGUUGAGAGCUCACAGGUGGAGUCAAAGCAGAUAAAUUAUGAGUUGGUUGGAGUUGUGGUUCACAGUGGGCAGGCCAACGCUGGACACUACUACUCGUUUAUCAAGGACCGAAGGGGGACUGUGAUGGAUAAUCCAAAUAAGGGCAAAUGGUACAAAUUUAAUGACACAAUCGUCGAGGAGUGUGAGAUGACAGACGAGACGUUGGAGGCGGAAUGUUUCGGUGGCACAUACAAAGCUAAAGUCUAUGAAUCCUCUUCAAGUUACCCAGAUGACAGAGUGCGGUAUUGGAAUGGAUACAUGCUGUUUUAUGAGAAAGUACAAGAACCCAAAAAUCCUAGUUCUGCCAAGAAAACCAAGAUAAUCAAGCGAGUGGUUCCAGAUUUAGGGAAAGGAAGGCUGGAUUCUGACAGUCUAAUGGAACUAACUGAACUUGUCCACAAGGGGGAGCGACGAGGAAUCUUCACAGAACAGAUGCCUGCCAGUAUACACCAAGUUAUUCAGGGUGAAAACCUCACAUUCGUCAAAAACAGAGACGUUUACAAUGUCGAGUACUUCAGAUUUGUCAAAAACCUUGUAGAUCUUUACUCGAGAAGUAAAGGUAGAAAGGAUUUCACGGCGAUUUCUGUGCAAGCUCUCCAGCUGGGAAUGAAAUACCUAUUUAACACAUUCUUCAGGACAAAAAAGAGAACAAAAACGGAUCUGAGUGACUGGGCAGACUCCAUAGAGUAUGAACUUCAGGCUUGUAAGGAAGCCUGUCUUUGGUUGGUGGAGUACAUGUCUGGGGUGGAAGGAUCUUCCUAUAUAAAGCCAUUUUUACUGGAAUGUCCUAAUAGAGAAGUGCGGUAUACCUUUGCACGAAUCCUCAAUGCUCUGAUGUCCAGCUACUUCAAGCAUGGUGGAAUUCAGACACAAAAGGACUUUGAUGAAAUCCUCGAGCGCUUGCUUCAGAUGCUGAAUAAGGAUGUGAUAGAUCACUGUAAAAAUUGCACCCAGUAUUUCCAGGUUUUGUUUCACUAUGUUCAGUUGGGCACAAAGGCAUGUACCCACAUGUUUCUGAGACGAGGCUUCCCCCGAUUAGUCACAUUUCUCCUUGGACAGUCACACCAACACUUGGAGGACCACGAAUCGUCAACUCGGCGAUGGAGCUCAAUACAAUCAAGAGAGUUUGGCUUUCUACAUUCAACCUUAGCAAUAUUGAUCCUGAACUGUGAUGUCUCCCACUAUCACACAGAAGAAAUAGGAGAAUAUCAACCUUAUAAGCCACAAUCAGGUGUUCAUCCAUCAAAAUUACUUAAGAUGUCGCCAGAGAUGGAGAAAUAUGUGGUCGGAGCUGAGUCUGUCCGCUAUAUUCGUGAGGUGGUGCAGGCUGUUAGGGAAAUCAGCAAUAUGUCCAGCCAUGUGUCUGACAUGAUCGUCUACUGUAGCUUCUGUAACCAAACCUUCAGUGACACAGUUCUCAAGCAACUUAUGCUUCAGUACACGAAUGGUCCUUCUAACGAACUCAAGAUGAUUUUCUCACUGCUGAUGGAUCUCCUGUCUUUAGAAGACCCAGUGCAACUGUCUCGCCUGGAACUAGUCAUAGAGGGUACUAUAGAUGACUCUGGGACUCAGUACGAGGGACUUAUAGGUGUGAUACGACAAAACCACUUGCUGGACAGUAGAAGGUCUUACUCUUGUAUCAAGUUCCUGGUCAGUCUGGCCAACAGGUGCUCUGCGGCAAAGAACUACCUAAUGCAAAUCCCUCCCAAGUGGCAGUGGGCGGUCAACUGGCUGAAGAAAAAGAUGUCUGAGUAUUAUUGGAAUCCUUCCUCCACUUCAACGGUGUCUAAUGAAGAUUCCAAUCGCAAAUCAUUCCAGCGAACAAUCAGUGCACAGUCUACUUUGGAUGAUGCCAAUGCUCUGCUGAUGGAGCUAGAAACCCAUGAAGGGACCGGAUCAGCCUUGGACAUGGAUACAAAUGGAAACAAAUCUGACAUGGAGACAGACACAACGGUCAAGACUGUCCCAACAGAUGGUCAGUCAGACUCACACAUGUCUACUGAGGAGGAAGAAAAAGUACAGAAGCCCAACACUUGACCGGUUGCUAUCUGUUGUCCGGAUCAAAUUCACUUUCCUCAUCAGCAAUUCUCAUGGAUGAACAAAGAUUACAUUAAAGUGUCAAGAGUAGAUUUCUCUAUGGCUCUUCAUGAUUAAGACUACUAAAGAAAGUAUUUUAAUAUGUCAAAGUUCAAGGUGGGACAUGGCAGAGAAUGUUUAUUCCAUGAAGGUGGAUGUAACUUGAUGCACUUUAUAAAUGUCAUGGGGUUAAGUGAGUGCACUUUGGGGUCAAGCAAGAGCAUUAUGAGAUAAUGAUCAAGUGAAUGAACUAUUGAGUCAAGUGAGGGCAAGAAGGGUUAACAGGAAUGCACUUUGGGGUCAAAUGAGUGCACUCUGGGGGUCAAACAAGUGCACUGUGAGAUCAUGAUCAAGUGAAUGUAAUUUGAAGGUCAGAAAAUGCAUUAUGGGAUUGAUGAAUGCCUGGUGAUGUCAAGGACAUGCUCUGUAAAGUCAGUACAGAAAGGAAGGCCUCAUGUUUAGUGCUGUGAUAUAAACUCUCCAUGAUUAAGUCUGCCAUUGUUGAUAUAUAUAACAUUUGCCUUGGUUGAAUUAGAGAGACUAUCAAGAUGUAAACUACUUCUGAUAUGUAUGUGCCCUAAUGACCUAAUAUGUGAAACCUGUUAGUGAAAUGGGCCAAGGGUGGAUGGUCCAGGCUAAACACUCAAUCCACAUAGAAUUCACUCAUGCUGACUGACUAUCACUGCAAUGAUUUAUAAUACAAUAUAAAUAGGAACAGCACUGAAUACUUACUGGUUACGAGAAGUGGGUAAUGUUCUUUAUCUUACUGGUCAUAGAUCCAAUGUUCUAUACCACUGUUGUUAUUGAUUUUGAUAUUUAUUACAACUACACUUAGACACUUGUUGAGAAAAAGUUAACUCUUGAGUUCAAAAAAUGUCAGUUUUACUUUGUUUACUGUGAAAUAUGUGUAACAAGUGCUUAUCAGAAACACAGAGACAAUUUUCUCUUGGCCCUAUUUACCUAUCUGUGUGGCAACCUAUGUUUUGCUAGCUGAUUGGAAUGUUAGCUUGAAUUGCUUACAUAUAGUCUGACCAAGAGCUCUGAAGAAAAGUACUAUUAAUUGUUAUAUGUCCUUGGUAGCAAUAGCUUCCCUUCUUCUUUAGAUUAAAGAAAUCUCAUAAAAUAUCAUUUAUGAAAAGUAGAGCCAGAUUCUGUUCUUUGUACAAGCUUAAGUGAAUCAGUGAUAUUGGCGCUGUCUGUUACAAAACUGCUGUCUUUCUGUAGUUAUUACAUUAACACUUAACUUAUAAUCUGUAAAUGUUCAUGAUGUUCCAUGUACCAGGUUAAAAUGUAUAUAGUACAAGGCAACAGUAUACCCAGUACAGUGAACAAGGUUUUUAUAUACACAGUACAAGGCAACAGUAUACCCAGUACAGUGAACAAGGUUUUUAUAUACACAGUACAGGGUAACAGUAUACCCAGUACAGUGAACAAGGUUUUUAUAUACACAGUACAAGGCAACAGUAUACCCAGUACAGUGAACAAGGUUUUUAUGUACACUGUACAGGGUAACAGUAUACCCAGUACAGUGAACAAGGUUUUUAUAUACACAGUACAAGGCAACAGUAUACCCAGUACAGUGAACAAGGUUUUUAUAUACACAGUACAGGGUAACAGUAUACCCAGUAGAGAAAAAGGUUAUUAAAUACCUGUACAAGAUUAUGAUGUACCAAGUAAGAGAUCAUGAUGUACCCGGUUUUAAGAUGAUAUACCCAGUUAUGAGAUCAUGAUGUGCCUAGUAUGAGGUCAUGAUGUACCCAGUAUGAGGUCAUGAUGUGAACACUACAAGGUCGUGAUGUACCCAAAAUGAGGUCAUGAUGUAAACACUACAAGGUCAUGAAGUAACAAGUAAAAUAACAUGAUGUACCUAGUAUGAGGUCAUGAUGUACCCAGUAUGAGGUCAUGAUGUACCCAGUAUGAGGUCAUGAUGUACCAAGUAUGAGGUCAUGAUGUACAUGGUAUGAGGUCAGGAUGUACCCAAUAUUAGGUCAUGAUGUAUUCAGUAAAAAGUUAAAAAUCUUGUGUGUUAUAUGCAUGUCAUUACUCAUAGCAAUUCUAGGCUGUAACUUGUGCAAAAUACAUUGGUUGUAGAUGCAGCUGACUCGGAACUUUUAAGAAUCGGUUACAUUUAUUUGAAAAUGGUUGAUAUUAUUUAUUUGAGAUGUGAAACAAUGAGGAACUGGAUCCUAGUUUUGUCCCUUUUUCAUAUAACCAGUUUAAUAAUUGUUAAGAGCAACAUGUUGUAUAUGCAAAGUAAAAAUGACUGUAUACUUAACCCUUUCUGUAAUUUUAUUAAAUCUACUACACUUAACAGUUUAAAAAUGUGUUCUCCAUUACCGAGAUCAUUUUACAACUAUAAAUACUUUGUGUCAAGUUCUUGGUUAGUCUGAAAUGUGAUGAAAAUGAUGAAGGCCAAUGCCAAUCAUUGUCCUAGAGUGUCAAUCAGUUUUGUACAUGGAAAUGUCCAGAGAAUUUAUUUUCUCAAGCGAUAAACAAAUAUAUUCUCUUACCUUUAGUUAGGAAUUUUUCCUCAUUAAUGACGAUAUAUAAAUAGAUGUUGAUGUUCUUCUGAAUAAUGAAUUGCUGAUCAAAGUUUUUACAAUGAUUUAUGAAUUCCUUAUUUUGACUAUUUUAUGUUUCAGAAGAGGGCUACAAAUGAAAGAAUUAA